GUUUGCUUGGGAGACACCGGCGCGCGCGGGGGCGGGGGGGGGAAGCGCUCUCUGUCUGGGGCAGCCGCGGCAGCUCCGCCCCCCAGUCUCCCCCCCCCAACCCCCCGAGCUGGGCCCAGCUGCAAAAGGGGCGGCGGGAACUGCGGGGGGGGGCGUGAUGAGCUCACGCCGAGCGGGCGGAGGCGGCGCCGCCUAUAAAAGUGGACUCGCAGCUGCCGCUGGAGAAGGAGACCAGGGGCUGCGUCAGUCCCAGGCAGGCAGCGGGUAGGCACCUGUGGCCAUCGGCGCGCUUCGCUUCCUGGCCGGACCCCCAGCGCAGGCAGGCAGCUCCCGCCCGCAGCCUAGGCGAGGCUCCUGCUCGUCCUGCUCUUCGCAGCCGGGUAGGGCUGAGCCCGUCCCGCGGAGAGUCGCCCUGCCUUGGCGCCCGGCGUUGCGCGGCGGCGCCGCUUGGCUAGCAAGUCCUGAUCCCGGCAACCCACUCCCCGCUGCCCCCGAGGAGGCCAGGAGGAGGAACCAUGCAUGCUCCAGCGCCCUUCCUGAUGGCGGCCUGCCUCCUGCAGCUGUGCCUCCCGGCCUCCCCCACCAGCAGGGGGCACCCCUUGCCCGUGCCCCUCCGCGAGCACCGCCUCUCCCCUCAUCCCUCGGGGAGCGAGGCCCCCCCUGCCGUGGCGCCGGACAGGGCCUCCCCGCGGCCCCCCCUGGCAGACUCGGAGGAGUCCUACGACGACGACCCUUUCCCCGUGGAGCCCCCGACGCCCAGCAGCGGCUCUCCCCGGGAGCCCCCUCGCCGCUGUGCCUACAACCACUGCCGGCACCUCCAGGCGCCCUGUGCGGAGCUGAGCCGGGCCAGCGGCUGCCUCUGCCCGGGGGUCACGGGCCCGGACGUGGCCCCGGAGCCCCCCCGCCUGGAGGCCGUCCACACCACCCAGAGCGGGGCCAGCUUGCGCUGGUGUGCCCCCUGGUCCACGGUGGAGGAGUACCACCUGCGCUACCAGCCGGUGGGCGGGGAGGCCCUCUCUGGCCCGGCCCUGAACAGCACGGCCCGCCUGGCGGCCGUCUCGGGGCUGCUCCCCGGCCAGGAGUACCUCUUCUGCGUCGUGGCCUCCAACCGGGCCGGCUCCAGCCCCACCGACGAGGGGCACCCGGAGCGCGGGCCGUGCCGCCUGGUCCGCACCCCUGCCCGCCAGAGGCCCUACGUCUUCCUGGUGGCCGGGCUGGCCGCCGCCCUGGUCCUGCUGGUGGUCUCCAGCUUGAGCUGGCAUUUCUGCGUGCGGAGGAGGAAGCGCUUGCACCACGGCUCCCGGGACAACAUCUUGGACGGCGGCCGCGGCCCGUGUCGGCGGGGGGCAGCCAAUGGCUCUUUCCGCAGCGAGGAGCCCUUGUGAGGUGGUGCCCAGCAGCAGCAGGCUGCCUCUCCCGCCUGGGAAGCUUGCCCUGCAGCCGGCGGACCCAGGCGGCCGCCUUCCUCCUCCUCCUCCUCGCAGGGUGAAGGUGGCAGUUGCCCUCUGCGGCGGCCAUGGCGUCUGCUCGGCCUCCGGGGUGUCCUGGAGCUGGGCAAGGCCUCCGUGGCCCGUGGUCUGCCAGAGGCCCGAUGGGCUGGGCUAGGACUCCUGGACACCAACUGAGGCGGCGUCCGCGUUGCUUCCUGCCCUUUGCCGGGGAUGCGUCGGAGAGAUCCCGUCCUCGGAACAGACUUCUGCACGGCUGAUCCUCGGGUCUGACUCCUGCUGCCCUGGUUGCUUUUGGCUUUAUGGACCUCUGUGGGGCCAGAAGGCAGCUCUGCUUUCACAAAGGAAGGUUCUGCGGCGGGGCCGGGGGGAGAGGUGGCUGCCCUAGGAACAGCCCUGCUGGAUCCAGCCCAAGAAGGCCCAGCCUCCUGUUCCCCACAGCGGCCCACCAGCUGCCCCCGGGGAGCCCCUGGGCAAGAGGGGCGGGCAGGGCCUCUCUCCUCUCCGCCACCCCCUUUGGCAGGAAUGGGGAGAGAGCCCCUUGAAACAUGGCCGUUGCAUGGAUUCGGUUUAUUUAUAUAUAUUUAUUACUAUGGA